AGCCAAGAUAAGCUAGCUACAAUAAGCCAUGCCCGCCGCCGCCGCCCCGACCAGACACUCUAGCGCUAGCGGCCAGCAUGGCGCCCUCACGGCCGACCGCGCGGCGGCGCUCCUCGCGGGCUGUGCGUGCCCGCGCCGCGCCUCCGAGCUCCACGCCGCGGCGGUCCGCGCCGGCGUCGACCGCGACCGAGCCGUCGACUUCCGCCUCCAGCGCGCGUACGCCGCCUCCGGCCGCCUCGACCUCGCCGUCGCUCUCCUCCGCCGCACGCCCGACCCGACCGCCGUCUUCUAUACCUCCACCAUCCACGCGCACUCCUCCCGCGGCCUCCACCUCGCCGCCCUCGCGCUCCUCUCCGACAUGCUGUCCCAGGGCCUCCUCCCCACCGCGCACACCCUCUCCGCCUCCCUACCCGCGUGCAGCGGCCUCGCGCUCGGCCGCGCCCUGCACGGAUACGCCUUCAAGCUGGCGCUCUCCGCCGACUCCUACGUCGCCACUGCGCUCCUCGGCAUGUACGCGCGGGCGGGGGACGCCGCCGCCGCUCGCGCACUGUUCGACGGGAUGCUGGACCCUCACGUCGUGUCCGUCACCGCGAUGCUCACCUGCUACGCCAAGAUGGGCGCGCUGGACGACGCGCGCAAUCUGUUCGACGGGUUGCCCACGAAGGACUUCAUCUGCUGGAACGCCAUGAUCGACGGGUACACGCAGCACGGGAGGCCUGAUGAGGCUCUCCGGUUGUUCCGGCGGAUGCUGAGAUCAGGUGUCGAGCCCGAUGAGGUGUCGGUUGUGCUCGCGCUCUCUGCGGUGGCGCAGCUCGGCACAGCAGAGUCUGGGAAAUGGCUUCACUCGUACGUGAAGAACAGUCCUCGAGCUCGGCUCAAUGCCAGAGUUGGCACGGCGCUCAUUGACAUGUACUACAAGUGUGGGAGCCUGGAGGAUGCCGUCGUCGUGUUCGAUGGCCUCACCGACAAAGACAUUGUUGCCUGGAACGCCAUGAUCAACGGUUACGCGAUGCACGGGCAUAGCAGAGAGGCGCUGGAGAUGUUCUUUCAGUUGCGGGCACAGGGUCUCCUGCCGACCGAUAUCACCUUCAUUGGUUUGCUCCAUGCUUGCAGCCAUUCCGGGCUAGUUGCUGAAGGCCGCAAGUUGUUCAAGUCCAUGGAGCAGGAGUACGGUAUUGAGCCCAAGAUUGAGCACUACGGUUGCAUGGUGGACCUUCUCGGUCGAGCGGGGCUCAUCGAAGAAGCAUUUGAUCUUGCCCAGAGCGUGAAGAUGAAGCCUGACGCCGUCAUGUGGGUGUCACUGCUUGCUGCAUGCCGGCUUCACAAGAACUUGGCGUUAGGCCAGCGGAUUGCUGACUACCUUGUUGCCAGGGGGCUUGCCAACUCCGGGAUGUACAUCCUCCUGUCCAACAUCUAUGCAGCUGUUGGAAAGUGGCAAGAAGUGGGGAGGGUGCGGUCGAUGAUGAAGGCUAGCGGCAUCCACAAGGAGCCUGGGUGCAGCUCCAUCGAGGUCGGGCGCCAGGUGUACGAGUUCGUUGCUGGGGACAUGAGCCACCCCCGCACCGAUGAAAUUUAUGCCAAGCUAGAAGAGAUGAAUGGACUUGCCAAGGAGCAUGGGCAUGCCCCGCAAACCGAGCUGGUUCUGCACGACCUGGAUGAGGCGACGAAGGAGAAGGUGCUCGCUGUCCACAGCGAGAAGCUCGCCGUUUCAUUUGGGCUUAUAAGCACGCCGCCUGGGACGGCGAUCAAGAUUGUCAAGAACCUCCGGGCUUGCUCCGACUGCCAUGCGGUGUUGAAGCUGAUAUCCAAGAUCACCGGCAGGAAGAUUGUGUUCAGGGACAGGAGCAGGUUCCACCAUUUCGUCGAUGGGUCCUGCUCCUGUGGGGAUUACUGGUGAUGGCGUCUGAAAGCUUGCUUAGGGCUACUGACAUUUCCGUUACUACUGCUCAUUGCAGAAGAUGUAAUAAUCUUUGGAAGACUACAGGAUAUCAAAAUUGGGAUCUGGAAUGCCA